GAUACAAACGCUUGAAAAACUGAGAUUUUAAAGAUGGCCGAUAUGGAAGAACCCGUCGGAAACGAAGAGAAAAUAAAUGAACGUUUGUCUGUCACGGACCGCUAUUAUACAAGAAAGUACAAGAUAGGUAAAACAGAAGACCAAGAUGUGUGUGUACUGGCACAUUCUAACAGAAUAUGUAUAGUUACCCUGGCUCCCAGUCACCCUGUUGUAGCAAAGAAAAAGAAAGUGACCUCUGUCAGCUUUGAUGUCACUGGAGCCAACAGAUUGGACAACAAAGUGUCUGGCAAAGGCAAAAAGGUAAAGAUAUUACAUUAACCUCGAACAGUAGUG